UUCUUUCCUCUACUUUUUCAGUAUAUAUUCAAGGAAGAUCCAACAGUUUGAUAUCUAUUCACUCUCCAAAUUUGUACCUUGAUGCAAGUGUAAAACUCCUUCGUUAAUCUUUACUAUUCCUUCUCUAGCUCAAUGAGUCUCAUGCUUAUUACUCUUUCUUUUCUCUUUUCCUUCAUUUUUAGUUUUGGAGAUACUCAUGCGGCUCAUACUAAACAGUUAUGUCGUCCUGAACAAAGGGAUUUGCUUCUUGAGUUCAAGAAUGAGUUUGAGAUUUCGAAGUCUCGUGAUAGCUGUCUUGUUAACAAUUUUAAUCCUAUUCCGAUGGAGUCAUGGAUGUAUAACAGGGACUGCUGUGAUUGGGAUGGUAUCACGUGUGAUCUCAAAUCUGGAGAGGUGAUCAAGCUAGACCUUAGCUUUAGCUGCCUCCAAGGUCGGUUUCAUUCCAAUACUAGUCUUUUUAAGCUGAGAAAUCUUUUUUUUCUAGACACCCUUAACCUUUCAUAUAAUAGUUUGAGAGGUGAAGUCUUGUCUUUAAUUGGAAACCUUUCUCAUCUAACUUCUCUUGAUCUUUCAAAUAAUCUUUUCAGUGGUGGGAUACCUUUAUCGAUUCGAAACCUAUCAAAUCUCACCGCUCUCGACCUUUCUAAUAAUGAUUUUAGUGGUGAAAUAUCAUCUAUAACUGAAAAUCUUCCGCAUCUCACCACUCUUGUCCUCUCUAAUAACCAUUUUGUUGGUAAAAUUCCAUUUUCAGUUGGAAACCUUUCUCUUCUUACCAUUCUCGGCCUUGAACAUAAUGAUUUUGAUGGUGAAGUCCCAUCUUCUUUUGGUAGUCUAAAACGGUUAAACGUUUUAACGCUCAAAGCUAAUAACUUGAGCGGCAAAUUUCCCAUUGCGCUACUAAAUCUAACAGAGUUGUCAAUUUUAGGUAUCUCAUAUAAUCAUUUCACAGGCACAUUUCCCGCUAAUAUCAAUUCACUCUCCAACUUGUUAUACUUUGAUGCAUCUGUAAACUCCUUCACUGGAACUCUCCCUUCUUCCCUCUUUGCAAUUUCUUCUCUGAGAUAUCUUGAUAUGAGCAAUAACCUGCUCAGUGGCACUCUUGAGUUUGGUAAUGUAUCUUUACCAUCUAAUCUUGUGUCCUUAUUCCUCGGUAAUAACAACUUGAGAGGGCCCAUCCCAAUAUCCAUUUCCAAAUUGGUCAACCUUGUGAUUCUUAAUAUUUCCCAAUUCAACAUGCAAGGCCCAGUUGAUUUUAGUAUUUUCUCCCAGAUCAAGGGGCUUAAGCAGCUUUACCUAUCCCAUUUGAAAACCACCACUACUAUUGACUUGAAUGCAGUCUUAUCCUUGCAUCUCAAGUCUAUAUCUAUGUUAGAUCUCUCAGGGAAUCAUGUUUCAACCACAAACAAAAGCUCAGCCAUUGCAAACCAACCUCUGCAAGGGUUGAGUUCUUUGUUACUGUCAGAUUGCGGUAUCACCGAGUUUCCGGAGAUUUUAAGAAGCCGAGAGUAUGGUAUGACCGAGCUAGACGUUUCCAACAACAAAAUCAAAGGUCAAGUGCCUGGAUGGUUAUGGAAGCUAAUACAUUUUGUGAAUCUUUCGAACAACACUUUCAGCGGUUUUGAAAGACCGACAAGACUUGGACAAUCGGGUACUAAAGUGACUCACUUGUUUGCUUCCGAUAACAAUUUCACGGGAGAGAUUCCUUCCUUCAUAUGUUCGCUGCUCUCUCUAAACACUCUGGACUUAUCCAACAACAACUUCAACGGUCCGAUCCUUCGGUGUAUGGGAAAUCUCAAGAGUAAUCUCUCACGUCUUAUCCUUCGUCAAAAUCGUCUUACUGGAGAUCUUCCCGAGAACAUAUAUGGAAAUCUAAUCUCGCUUGACGUCGGUCAUAACCAACUCGUAGGAAAACUUCCAAGAUCUCUAGUCCACUCUCUUACUCUUGAAGUUUUGAAUGUGGGAAGCAACAGAAUCAACGACUCGUUUCCGUUUUGGUUGAGUUCCCUCCAAAAGCUUCAAAUUCUCGUCUUACGGUCCAACGCAUUCCACGGACCCAUACACAAAACUCGGUUUGCUAAGUUGCGAAUCAUGGACAUAUCGCACAAUCACUUCAAUGGAACUUUGCCAUCAGAUUUCUUUGUGAGCUGGACUGCAAUGUCCUCGCUUGGAAAAAACGAAGUAGAGCAACAUGAUGAUGGUGAGAAGUACAUGGGAUCACUAUAUUACCAUGAUUCAAUGGUUUUAAUGAGUAAAGGCGUAGCAAUGGAGCUGGUACGUAUCCUGAAAAUAUACACUGCAAUUGAUUUCUCCGGAAACAAAUUUGAAGGAGAGAUUCCAAAGUCCAUUGGUCUACUGAAAGAGCUUCAUGUGCUUAACUUGUCAACCAAUGCUUUCGAUGGACACAUCCCAUCAUCUUUGGCCAACCUGACAGAACUCGAGUCGCUUGAUGUUUCCCAGAACAAGCUUUCCGGAGGGAUUCCACAAGGGCUAGGAAGUCUCUCGUACCUUUCACACAUGAACUUCUCUCAUAACCACCUUGCGGGUUUAGUACCAGGGGGCACUCAGUUUCGGACGCAAAAAUGCUCUUCUUUUGGGAAAAACUCUGGACUUUUCGGCCCUUCUCUUGAUGAAGCUUGCAGAGACACCAAUACAUCAACUCCGCAACGGCAUGAUGAAACGCUGGAGACAGAGGAAGAACAUGAAGAGGUGUUGAGUUGGGUAGCAGCUGCAGUUGGUUUCGUACCUGGUAUCAUCUUUGGAUUUACGAUUGGAUGCAUACUGAUUUCUUACAAACCAGAGUGGUUCAUGAACAUUUUUGGCAGAAGAAAACGCACAAGAAUAAGCACUACAACUCGUUGAAAAGAGCCUUCAUAAACCCAAGUUGAAGAAUCUCAAAGAAUAAAAUCAAGCAACCAAACUAAAUGGACUGAAGAGAAAGAAACUUGGGGAGAAAAAUAUACAAAAUUAUAGCUAGGUUAAUAUUUUUUUUUUUUUAAAGCAAGCAACCAUUUCAAAGUUUUAUUUUAUUCUCUUGAUCUUUUUUGGAUCAAAUUCUCUCGAUUUCUAUUGCACUUUUCUGUAUGUGAAUUCUUGAUUCCAAUUAUAUAUGCAUGUGAUUUUCAUAUUGAUUACUACAUCGUAGAUAGAAAUAUUAUAUUGAUUACUAAUAGUAAACAG